AUGAAACCAAUCAUUAUGAAAGCUUUUGAUAAAAAAUAUAAGGUUAAACCUGGUAUUUCUAUUGUUGGCAAUACUGAAUAGUCCAACAUUCAAAUUGCUUUACCUGAAUGUUUUAAAUUAAAUUAUGAAUCCAAUAUUUUAUGGAUAUAACCAAUCAUUAAUAUUCAUAGAAUUAAUGGAUAGGGAGAUGCUCAAUUAUUAAGGAUAGAUAAAGAGUAUGAAUUAGAUUUAACUACUGGUCAGAAAUAAAUCAUAGUGCAAGAAUAAAAUAUCAUCUUUGAGUAUGCAAAACCAAAAAUUAUCAAAAUUAAUCUUAUCAAUCAUAACAAACCAAAUACAACAUUUCUAGAACCCAUAAUUACAAAGAAAGUUCAAACAGAAUAAAAUGAAAAACAAUUUAGAAAUAUAGUAAAAUCAAAAAACUAACCUAGACAUUAUUUAUUAGUUUAAAAUUAUGUACACAUCUUGAAAUUAUUUUUAGAUAAAAUAAAUGAAUGGAGAUUAUAGGAUCAAAUUUUCCAAUUUUUCAGUUUGCGAUGAUGACCUACUCAAAUUAUUAAAAAUGGGAAUUUAGGUUGAUUUUGAAAAAUAUAACAUUUUGGUUAUGGAAACCUUUAAAAGAACUUUCAAUUUCCUUUUAGCAAUUAAUGAAGGUAAAAUUAUAGUCAAUUCUUAAUGGAUAAAGGAUUGUCUCUCCUCGAUGCAAGUUUAGAAUCCUUAUCUAUAUGUCUUGAAAACAAAUAAUUUCAGUAUCUUAAAUUCUAUUGAGACUUCAAUAUCGCAAUCUAUUUUUCUAAAUAAAUAGUUUAAUUUGAGUCCAGAUUUGAAAUCAAAUCUUAAAGAUUAUGAAAUUAUUUAGUUAAUAGAGGCAGGAGGAGGAAGUAUUGGAAAUGGAGAAAAUUCAAUAAAAAUUAUUAGUAACGGCGAAGUUGGAGGAUUGGAAAUAGAACAACUAAUCUAAAUGAUCUUGUUUUAAAGGGCAUGAUUAAACUGGUU